AUGCAGAAAAGCGUGCGCUACAACGAGGGGCACGCCCUGUACCUGGCCCUCCUGGCCCGCAAGGAGGGCACCAAGCGCGGCUUCCUGAGCAAGAAGGCGGCCGAGGCGAGCCGCUGGCACGAGAAGUGGUUCGCCCUCUACCAGAAUGUGCUCUUCUACUUCGAGGGCGAGCAGAGCGGCCGCCCGGCGGGCAUGUACCUCCUGGAGGGCUGCAGCUGCGAGCGGGCGCCCGCGCCGCCCAGGGCCGGGGCCGGGCCAGGCGGCGCCCGGGACGCGCUGGACAAGCAGUAUUACUUUACUGUCCUUUUUGGCCACGAAGGUCAGAAACCACUGGAGCUGCGCUGCGAGGAGCAGCAGGAUGGUAAAGAGUGGAUGGAGGCCAUUCACCAAGCCAGUUAUGCAGACAUUUUGAUUGAGAGGGAAGUGUUAAUGCAGAAGUACAUUCAUCUAGUUCAGAUCGUAGAGACAGAAAAAAUUGCAGCUAACCAACUACGGCAUCAACUCGAAGAUCAAGAUACCGAAAUCGAAAGGCUUAAAUCAGAGAUUAUUGCUCUUAAUAAAACCAAGGAACGAAUGCGGCCUUACCAAAGCCAUCAAGAAGAGGAUGAUCCAGACAUCAAAAAGAUUAAAAAGGUUCAGAGCUUCAUGCGAGGUUGGUUGUGUAGGAGGAAAUGGAAGACCAUCGUGCAGGAUUACAUCUGCUCUCCUCAUGCUGAAAGUAUGAGGAAGAGAAACCAGAUUGUGUUCACCAUGGUGGAGGCAGAGUCGGAGUAUGUUCACCAGCUCUACAUCCUGGUCAACUGCUUCCUCCGGCCCCUACGAAUGGCCGCCAGCUCCAAGAAGCCCCCCAUCAGCCAUGACGACGUCAGUAGUAUUUUCCUCAACAGUGAAACAAUCAUGUUUCUGCAUGAAAUAUUUCAUCAAGGACUGAAGGCAAGGUUAGCAAACUGGCCUACUUUAAUUUUAGCUGAUCUGUUUGAUAUUUUGCUCCCUAUGCUGAACAUUUAUCAAGAAUUUGUGCGUAACCACCAGUACAGCCUCCAAGUGCUUGCCAAUUGUAAGCAAAACAGAGAUUUUGACAAACUCUUAAAACAGUAUGAAGCCAACCCGGCCUGCGAAGGGAGGAUGCUGGAAACGUUCCUGACCUACCCGAUGUUUCAGAUCCCCAGGUAUAUCAUCACAAUUCAUGAACUGCUCGCUCAUACACCCUAUGAGCAUGUGGAGAGGAAGAGUCUGGAAUUUGCAAAAUCAAAACUGGAGGACCUGUCCAGGAUAAUGCACGACGAAGUGAGCGACACUGAAAACAUAAGGAAGAACCUUGCCAUAGAGAGAAUGAUUGUGGAGGGCUGUGAUAUUUUGCUGGACACCAGCCAGACGUUCAUCCGCCAAGGUUCUCUUAUUCAAGUACCUUCGGUGGAGAAGGGGAAACUUAGUAAAGUUCGCCUGGGUUCAUUGUCUUUGAAAAAGGAAGGAGAAAGACAAUGCUUCUUAUUUACAAAACACUUUUUAAUUUGCACAAGAAGUUCAGGAGGAAAGCUGCAUCUGCUCAAGACAGGUGGGGUUCUCUCUCUAAUAGAAUGUACCUUGAUUGAGGAGUCAGACGCAAGCGAUGAUGACUCCAAAGGUUCUGGGCAAGUGUUUGGACACCUGGAUUUUAAAAUAGUGGUGGAGCCUCCUGGUGCCGCCCCUUUCACUGUAGUCUUGCUAGCACCUUCACGCCAGGAGAAAGCUGCCUGGAUGAGUGACAUUAGUCAGUGUGUGGACAAUAUACGGUGUAAUGGUUUAAUGACUAUAGUGUUUGAAGAGAAUUCCAAAGUCACUGUGCCACAUAUGAUUAAGUCUGAUGCUCGUCUUCACAAAGAUGACACUGACAUUUGCUUCAGUAAAACCCUCAACUCCUGCAAAGUGCCCCAGAUCCGUUACGCCAGUGUGGAGCGCCUCUUGGAGCGGCUGACCGACUUGCGGUUCCUCAGUAUCGACUUCCUCAACACCUUUCUGCACACCUAUCGUAUCUUCACAACGGCAGCCCAGGUGCUGGCGAAGCUUGCCGACAUAUACAAGAAGCCUUUUACCUCCAUCCCCGUCAGGUCACUGGAAUUGUUUUUCGCCACCAGCCAGAACAGCAGAGGUGAACAUCUGGCGGAUGGCAAAUCUCCACGGCUGUGUCGCAAGUUCUCUUCCCCACCACCCCGAGCCGUGUCCAGAACAUCCUCCCCAGUGAGGGUCAGAAAACUGUCCUUGACUUCUCCCUUGAAUGCAAGGAUAGGAGCCUUGGACCUGACCACCGCCUCGGCGUCCAGCAGUCCCACCACCACCCACAGCCCUGUUGCGUCCCCACCGCCGCACAUGGGUAAAGUACCUUUGGAUCUUAGCAGAAGCCCCUCUUCUCCAGAACAAAGCCCGGGAUGUGUAGAAGAGCAUGUAGAUAACCCUCGAGUGGAUCUGUGUAACAAGCUAAAACGAAGUAUUCAAAGAGCAGUCCUUGAGUCUGCCCCCGUGGAGCGAGCGGCCGUGCAGAGCUCCCCUGCGGCGGACGCCACGGAACUGUCACCUGGCAGGUCACCCUCGACGCCUCGGCACCUGCGCUAUCGCCAGCCUGGAGGACAGAUGACUGACAGCUCCCACUGCUCUGUUUCGCCUGCUUCUGCCUUUGCAAUUGCCACAGCUGCAGCAGGACACGGGAGUCCUCCGGGAUUUAACAACACCGACAGAAUAUGUGACAAAGAGUUUAUUAUCCGUAGAACAGCCACCAAUCGAGUACUGAAUGUCCUCCGUCACUGGGUCUCAAAGCAUGCACAGGAUUUUGAACUCGACAAUGAGCUAAAGAUGAACGUCCUAAAUUUGCUAGAAGAAGUUUUGCGAGACCCAGACCUUCUUCCCCAAGAAAGGAAAGCUGCAGCCAAUAUCCUGAGAGCUCUUUCACAAGAUGAUCAAGAUGACAUUCACCUAAAAUUAGAGGAUAUAAUUCAACUGACGGACUGUCCAAAGGCCGAGUGCUUUGAGACCUUGCCAGCCAUGGAGCUGGCUGAGCAGAUCACCCUCCUGGACCACAUCGUUUUCAGAAGCAUUCCCUACGAAGAGUUUCUUGGGCAGGGUUGGAUGAAGCUGGAUAAAAAUGAAAGAACACCUUACAUUAUGAAAACCAGCAAGCAUUUUAAUGAUAUGAGUAACCUGGUGGCCUCCCAGAUCAUGAAUUACGCAGAUAUCAGCUCUCGUGCCAACGCCAUUGAGAAGUGGGUGGCGGUGGCAGACAUUUGCCGAUGUCUGCACAACUACAACGGCAUGCUGGAGAUCACCUCGGCCUUAAACAGGACCGCCAUCUACCGGCUGAAGAAAACCUGGGCCAAGGUGUCCAAGCAGACAAAAGCUCUAAUGGACAAACUUCAGAAGACUGUUUCAUCUGAAGGAAGAUUUAAAAAUCUUAGAGAAACCCUUAAAAAUUGUAACCCCCCUGCCGUUCCUUAUCUGGGGAUGUACCUGACAGACCUGGCAUUUAUUGAAGAGGGAACACCAAACUUCACUGAGGAAGGCCUUGUCAAUUUCUCCAAAAUGAGAAUGAUAUCACACAUCGUCAGAGAGAUACGCCAGUUCCAGCAGACAUCCUAUCGAAUAGAGCAUCAGCCAAAGGUCACUCAGUACUUGCUUGACAAAGCCCUCAUCAUAGAUGAAGAUACACUGUACGAGCUGUCACUAAAAAUUGAACCUCGGCUCCCUGCUUGA